CAUCAUCUUCAAAUAUAUUUCAUGAAGUAGUCGAUCAAGAGACUCAUACUGAGGAAAUCUUACAUCUACCUAAAGCUCUUUGGUUUGCUUGGGGAAUCUUACUUAACACUGGCAUAGGAGAAGGAACACCAAGGAGUUUUAGCGGAAGGGUAAUGAGUAUGUUUUGGUCAGGGUUUACUAUGAUUAUAGCUACAUCCUACACGGCAAAUCUUGCGGCCUUUUUAGUUUUGGAUCGUCCUGAACAAAUUAUAAGCGAAAUUAAUGAUCCGAGAUUAAGGAACCCAAACGAAAAUUUUUCUUUCGCUACGAUACAAGGUUCUGACGUAGAUUUAUAUUUUAGGAGACAGGGUGAUUUGUCUAAUGUAUAUCGCAAAAUGAGUACUAAGAGUUAUUCGAAAAUCGAGCAAGCUAUAAAAGACAUUAAAAUAGGCAAACUGCAAGCUUUUAUAUGGGAAUCAUCGAGACUACAAUAUGAAGUGUCAAAAGAUUGCAACUUGGUGAUAUCACCUCAAAUAUUUGGCAUGUCCGGAUAUGGUAUAGCUAUGAAAAGGGGGAAUUUGUGGUUACCAUUGAUUUCAAAAGCUAUACUCAAUUUCCAUGAAACUGGAAUUAUGGAAAAAAUAGAUAAAGAAUGGAUUAACGUGAAAAACGUGUCAAGUAAUUGCAAAGUGAAGGAAAAUCAAAGGGCAACUUUGGGUGUUUCAAAUAUGUUAAGUGUUUUCAUACUGAUUUUUGCCGGGAUUUUAGUUGGUUACGGAAUGUUAUCCAUAGAAAUUAUAUGGAAAAAAUAUCAAAACAAAAAGAAGCGUCGUUAUGCAUUAGCUCAAUCAUAUUUCGAGAGAUGGCGGAUCAAUACUUUGAGAAAUAGAAAAGUGCGAGAGGCUACAAAUGAGAAUGAGUAUUCGAUGAGAAUAUAAUUAUAAAAUAGAAUAUAUUUUUAUAAAUUAUAUAAUUCUUAUUGUGCGUACUUUUCUUUUAAAAAAUAAAUCUGUAUAAUAUUUAAUAAUAUAAUCAAAUCAAUUCAUUAAUUAUGGUACAGAAGUUUG